AUGGCGACCAACGUGUUUGGGAAUCCAGUGACGGAUGAAACAGUGAGAUUAGUUUAUCCGAACAUCACUCAAAUCACCGCCCGCGACAGAGCAAGAGUGGCUUUGCAGUAUAUGAACGCAGAAGAGAAAGCGACGAACGGAGUCUGGGAGGCAGUGGAGCCAAUGGAAGGAGCCCAGGUGGAUGCAAAGAAGGACAAAAAGACAUUGAAAAGUGAGUUCGACGCCCUCCGGAUGAAAGAGAACGAGACGAUUGAUGAGUUUGCUGGCAAACUCAGCACCAUGAGCAGCAAGUUCUCCACUCUUAGUGUCACGCUUGAAGACUGCUCUUUGUUCCACGACCUUGAGACAAUACCAUUUGAGGAGACUAUAGGACGACUGAAGGCGUAUGAGGAACGAGCAUUACAAUUACGCGGCAAUACCAACAGCACUGAAGGUGAGCUCCUACUUACUCAUGCCACAUGGCAAAUGCGACAGAAGGAGAACAACGAGGACAUUUCGUCAGGAGGCAAGGGGCGUGGGUCUAGGAGUCUUGGUCGUGGAAAAUGGCGUGGGCAUGGGCGAGGGUGCGGUCAUGGCCGUGGUACACUGCGCCAAGAUAGUGCAAGAGGCACUAGCAGCAACGUCAGUGACACUCGUAACAAAAACCAUAAAAAGUGUUUCAAUUUUGAAAAAAUGAGGCAUUAUGCGUCUGAAUGCUACAACAAGUGUCGUGAUGAUGAGGCUCACCUCACUUGCGCCACCAAUGAAGAGCCAACACUAAUGAUGACCGUGUCUCACGAGGAGUCUCACACUAGGCAUGAGCGACAGGAUACCAUUCUACUCAGUGAAAAGAGGUUGCUACCAGAGAUCUACCGCGACGUUAAGAAAGGAGAUAAAGACGUUUGGUACCUUGACAACGGUGCCAGCAACCACAUGACUGGCCAUGAUGAGAAGUUUCAAGAGCUAGAUGAAACCAUCUCCGGGAGGGUGAGGUUUGACGAUGGAUCAGCUAUUGAGAUCAUGGAAGCUGGGAAUGAGGUGCAUAUGGAAGGAGAUACCAUGAAGGUGAUUGAUAGGAGUGGGAAGCUCUUGAUGCUGCUAUUGGGUGGGAAGAAAUUGGCGGUUGAUGUGCCACUAUUGCUCCAGCAGAACAAGCUUUGCGAGGUGUGUGUGAUCGCUAAGCAUGCAAGGCCACCAUUCCCGUGCCAAUCAAACUUUAGAGCAGAGAAGCCAUUGGAACUUCUCCAUGCUGAUAUUUGUAGGCCAAUUACACCAUGUACACUCAUCGGUAACGAGUAUUUCCUUUUGAUUGUUGAUGAUUUCACAAGGUGGAUGUGGGGGUUUGUAUUGAUAGCAAAAAAUGAUGCUUUCCAAGCAUUCAAGAAGGUCAAAUUCUUGACGGAGAACAAGACUGAACACAAGAUCAAAACACUCCGAACAGACCGGGACGACGAGUUUCUAUCCACGGAGUUCAUUCGGCUUUGUGAAAAUAAAGGAAUCGAACGACACCUCACGACUCCCUACACACCCCAACAAAAUGGUGUUGUGGAGCGCGGGAACCGCACCGUGAUGGCUAUGGUGUUGGGAGAAUGUACCCCAUUUGAAGCUUGGAAAGGGAGGAAGCCACAUCUCGCCCACUUGAGAGUAUUCGGUUGUGUUGCAUAUGUGAAAAAUACAGCCCCUCAUCUUAAGAAAAUUGAUGACAGAAGCUCACCCAUGGUAUAUUUGGGUGUCGAUAAAGGUUGCAAAGCUCAUCGUGUAUUUGAUCCAAGGCACGACAAGUUACAAAUAAGUAGAGAUGUAAUGUUUCAAGAAAAUUAUGAAUGGACAUGGAAUGCAAGUGCUAACAAGGACGAAAACUUACCGGAGUUUAUGGUGGUGGAUGCAUUCGACACCGACGAGGUGAUUGUUGCAGCAGACGUUACGUUGAGGAAGGGGCGGAACAUGUCACACCAGCUGCAACAGCCGUAG